UUUUCAGGGCCUGUGUUAGUUCACACAACUAGUCCAGUUCGUCCGUGUGUCCGCUGAUUACGGAGCUGUUCGGAGGCUACCAUCUAUAGACUCACAUGUUAACAGGGAAAGUUUCGUAUAGCAUCCUUUCCAUAUCUCGUUUAGGCUGGCAGCGGAGCUGUGAAGAGACGCAACGUAAAUCCGUUUUGUUACGUAUUGCACACACGAAUCGCGACGUGGGCGAUAGCGAGGACGCCGAUUACAGCCUUUUUUUUUCUUGAUUAGCAUCGAACUCAGAUGUGGUUCAAUGGUGGGACAGUUCGAUGACUUUCGCUGCUGUUUUGUAUUUGGCUUCGUGUAGACGGAUUAAUAUGUACUUCUUUGAAGUGAGAGGAGUGCUAAUGUGGAACACUAAAAAAUACGGGUAAAAAGACUUUUUAUUUACCCGAUAAAAUCUCUGCCACCAAUAGAGUUGACCCGAGCCUAUGUAACAGUCCACGGCAUGACUUAUAAAGACCUUCGAGACAGGGAAUUUAUGUUGAUCAACCCGAUGGAUGGAAACAAGUCCGUCUCGGCGCGCGAAGAGCCCAGACUACUUCUUCUACAUGUGAAUUAUAAUGAGGAAGCCAAGUGCCUUGAGAUUACGUCUAAAGAUCCUAUGGUGCCCACCGGAACACUCGUGCUUUCGCUGGAGCCAGUUACCGUUGACUGGAAUUCGCCCGACCAACUCGACAUUUUCAUAAGAAAACCGGAGCAUGCUUACAAGUGUCUGCCAAUCGCAGAAGCAUCAGCGUGGUUCAGUAAAUAUCUCGGCAAGGAUUUCAAGUUCGUGCGAUUCCUCAGGCAAACUGUGAAGCGCCGUAAAGAAAUACCCGAUCGGUUUUACGAUUUGGCAGAGCUCAAUAUUCUUUCAGAAAAAUCUGUCGAGAACCUGAACGAGCUGAUUUGCGAUCCGUCGACUGACGUUUCGUACCGAAACUUCCGACCUAGCAUUUUGCUCGAUGUCAACAUGCCCUUCGAGGAGGACUAUUGGGCUAUUAUGAAAAUUGGAGAUCUUGAAACUGAGUUCUUACAGCGAUGUGUACGCUGUGUACUUAUCACAAUAAAUCCUGAUACGGGAGUAAAAACCGACAAGGAGCCGCUGACCACACUCAGAAAAUACCGGAUCGACCGCAGUGAAGAAGGCAUAGCAAAGUAUCGUCGGCAGCCGCUUUUCUCAGCCAACCAUGUGAUUAGGCGGCCCGGCAAGAUCUAUGUCGGCCAAUCGAUUGAAGCCAUUCGGGCUCCAAGGGAGAUGCUGUAAAUUUUCGUAAUACAUAAAGUCAUCUGGCUGCCACCGACAACAUUGGCGGUCACCGCCUGUUAGAACGGACAAGCCUCUUCCAAGGUAGCUUUAUGCAAGUGGACCAUGUUCGCGUGUUAUCAAGCUGGAGUCUAUCGCCUAAAGCGCUCAAGGGGGCAUUUUUUAUGGUCCGUCCUUAGACUCUAAACAAUGCAGAAGCGAUUUGCUAACACUAAAACACGACUGUUAUCUUUGAAUAAAAUCGGAUUCGCCAAACUUAA